AUGAGUAAUUGGAAUCAAGCCCUACGACAACAGCAACAAGGAAAUAGCUCUGCAGACGUUUCUGACGAGUACACAAGCGAAGAAUAUACAGAUGAUGAAUAUGAGCCUAUUGAGGCUACUGCUUGGGGCAGUCAAUCCAUCGCAGAGGAUGGCUCUACCAAUGUUAGCUUGAGUAUGAGUGGCUGGCAGAGCCUCAUCGAUCCUAAUAUCAAGACAAAGGCUGGUGGUAUUGGUAGUGGUCAACUUCAUCGUCGUGGUGCCAACUAUCAACCUGUGGAUGAACAAGCCAUCAUCGACAGACGUUUAGGUAAGCCUAUCCCAAAGGGUGGUCUGGGUGGUAGCAAGAAGAAGAAGAAACCAAAGAAGCCCAAGGCUGCUGCUGCUUUCCCUCCUCCCCCUAGAAGACCAGUUCCUAGCUCUUUGGUCCCUCCCUCAUCAUCUGCGUACCGUGGAAGAGAAGCAGUUACUACAGGUCCUUGGGGAUCUGCUCAACUCUCAUCAACUCCUUUCUGGGAAUCACCUGCCAACAAAGCUGGUAAUGGAUCAAUGGCUAGUAAAUAUGCUACUGUUCCGCCUGCUGCCUCUGCUGCUAGAGCACAAGCCGCUCCUCCUGCUCGUGCACCUGCACCUGCUCCAGCACCAGCUCCUGCUCAACAAUUUAGACAACCUGAGCCUGCUGCUCCUGCUGUAGCACCUCCCAGACCAAUUGUACAAUCUACUGCUCCUUCCACAUUUAUUAGAACUAAUCAAGGAUCUGCUGCCUCAAAAUACGCCUCGUCUUCUUCACCUGCUCCCUCCGCUUUUACCCAACAACCUCCUCAACAAACACAACCACAAACACAACCACAAACACAACCACAAACACAACCACCACAACCUAUAUAUCAAAAAAAUAAUGAGGUGCCAACUGUAAGCCUCAAGUUAGAGCAACCAAUCAUCAACCUGAAGAUCGAAUUGAAUCAUGGUGUGUAUGCCAGUCUCCCUGUUUAUGCCAAUGAGCCCUCGGAUAAUGCAGUAAAACGUUUAGAGAAGGAAUUCCACUUACAUCUUGAUCAAUACCAUCAAGACAACGUUAAGAAGUUUAUUGAAUUCCAUGUUCAACAAUAUAACGAGAGACAACAAAAGUGA